UAUUAAUAAAUUUAAAAUAAUAAUGAAGCUGAACCUGAAGCUUGGGGGGAAAUACAAAAUUGGCAAGAAGCUUGGUGAAGGAGCAUUCGGCCAAGUGUUCGUUGCAAAAGAUAAUAUUAAAGGAGACGAAGUUGCCGUCAAAGUCGAAGAUAAUAGGACAAAGCAUCCCCAGCUUUUACACGAAGCCAAGCUCUUAAAACUAUUAAAAGGAAAAGGAAUUCCAGAACUUAAGGGAGCCCUUAUUGAGGGAGAUUACAAUAUCAUGGUGAUCUCCUUGCUCGGCCCGAGUCUUGAGAACAUGCUUAAUUAUUGCGGCCACAAAUUUUCGUUGCAUUCGACAGUAAUGUUUGGGAUUCAGGCUUUGGAGAGAAUUGAACAUAUUCAAUCUCUAGAUUUUCUUCACAGAGAUAUUAAGCCCGACAAUUUCUUGGUCGGGAAUAAGGACUCAGACUGAAUAUACAUGAUUGACUUUGGACUAGCAAAGAGAUACCGGAAUCCAAAGACAGGGCUCCAUAUUCCAUGGAAAGAAGGAAAGAAUUUAACAGGAACAGCAAGAUAUGCAUCUCUUAAUACUCAUUUGGGGUACGAGCAGUCAAGGAGAGAUGACCUAGAAGGAUUAGCCUAUGUAAUGCUUUAUUUUCUCAAAGGCAAGCUUCCAUGGCAAGGACUAGACGCAAAAACUAAAUAAGGAAAAAUAUGAAAAAAUAAAAGAGAAAAAGAGAGAUACCCCAAUUGAAACUCUUUGUGCUAAGCUGCCAAAAGAAUUCGUAAAAUAUCUAAAUUACUGCCGGAGCCUUAACUUCGAAGACAAGCCUUGCUUGAGUGACCUUAGGAAGCUAUUUAAAAAGCUAUUAACCAAAAGAGGGCUCGAAGUUGAUAAUAAGUUUGACUGGAUCAAGAAGAAAGGAGGAAUUCCAAAAGAAAUUACAUUUGAAGAGGAAGAUGAAGAAGACACCGAUUAUAAGAAAAGGCUUAAGAAUCUUCUUGGAGGCUAAUCAGAUGAAUAAGUUCAUCUAAUAAAUACUGACAUUUCUUUAAUG